AUGAACAAAUUUCGACACUUUAAAUCUCUGGGCAGAUCACGCAAACUCGCCCGCUACCUCCCGACCAAGCUCACUGCUACAACGACUCACACCUCUUGUUCCGUGCUCCCAGUUCACACAGCGAUGUCACUCACAAACAUGGCCAUGACCGCAGACCCCGAAAAGGCAGAGCAAGAAGCUGGAGGCUCGGCUCAAUCACGUCGCGAGAGCGCGGAAGAGUACAAGCCGCCUGCUCUUCCUCUCCAACAAGGACUUCCCACGACCGAUGGCGAUGCAGGCGACCCAAAGCCAGCUGAUGCAGUAUCCAGCCUCAUAUCCCACGAGUCAGAGAUCGUUUACAAAUCCAAACAAUCCAUCGCUCGGAAAGAUAGGGACGAGGAGCUUCGACUUGCACAAGUGGACAUCAAGACCAGGCUUGAGGAAGUGAGCAGCGGUCUGCGAGAGCUGAAAGCGAAGCUCAAAGCCAAGGAAGACCUUAUCAGAGCACGCCGCAACCUUUCAAAACGCGCCGCCGCCGCUGAAGAGAAAGACUUGAACGUCAAGAUCGAGAAAAUAAAAGAGCAGUUGAGCGCCAAGGAGGAGCAAGCCGCGUUGCGCCGUGCCAAAAAGAACAACAUGCGCGAGAAAUGGGCCCAGAAGCAGAAGACGGACUACGAAGAGCGAGAGGCGAGACGUAGCGAGCAAACAGGACAGGAAUCAGAGAUGAAUGACAGUGCGGAGCCGGCAAGCGCAGGAGCUGUGAUAGAGCCUAACGACUGGGACAACUUCGAUAUCGAUAUCUAUGACGAGUAG